AUCUUUUUUUAUACUUUCGCUUAUCCAUUUAAUAUUAUCAUUUCAAUUAGUGAUUGUUUUAUGCAUAUCUUGCUUUAUAGCCCAAUAUUCAAUACCUUAGAGACUAGCUUGUCUUAUAAUAAUUUUAUAAAAUUUUCCUUUUAACUUAAAGAAGGAUUGGCUUCAGUACGUCCAUAGGUACUAGAGUGUUGCGAAUAUGUAUUUUACAAUUACAAGAUACUCUUUAUGAGCUUCUUCAUUUCAUCUACCAUGCUCUUAUCUGAUAUUUUACAUCCUCUUUUGACGUGUGACCAUAUGGGGAAUUUCUCUACAUGUUGCUGUUGUAGGCUUAGGGUUUUGGUAGGUAAGAGGGCUUGAUUUUGGGUUGUAAGGGAGAAGUAAUAGAGAAAAAAUUUUGGUGUUCAAGGGUUGUGUGUACAGUACUACAAGAAAGAGAAGAAGUAAAGAAAGAAGAGAAAUGGAGAAAAGAACAAAUGAAAGCUAACACAUGUCAAAUUGUCAAUACUCAAAACAAUCAGUAUUUUUAUUUUUAUUUUUAAUUAUUCAGCUCACUCUUAUUAGACUAGUAGACCAAGGCCUCCUACAAAGUAUGAAGAAAGCUCCUAAUUAGACUAGUAAACUAAAACCCUAAUAAGGUAAUAAAAAUUUAACUUAAAUUCAAGGCUUUCCAAGUGAAGAGCUAUUAUAGAGUCUUGAGGAGGAUGGAUCAACAUUUUCCUGGGAGAAGCAUAUGGAGAGUUAGGGUUCUGCCAAUGUUGGCUUUCUUUUUGUGGGUUUGUGGCUUUAUGAAGGAUUUUGACUGUUGAUAAUUUAUGGAUGAGGUGCAUCAUUAUAAUGGAGUGGCGUUUCAUGUGUAAGAAUGUUGGGGAAAAUGCAAAUCAUUUAUACCUACAUGAUGAUGGGGCUUGGGAAUUGUGGUCCAUGUUAUUUUGUUUAUUUGGAGUCUCUUGGGUGAUGCCAUUCUGUACAGGAGUUGUUGGCUUGUUAAAUGAGGAGGUUUGGCAGGUGGUGACGUAGUUCAUUUUUAAAUCUAUCUGUUACUAGCUUAUGUUGUAUGAUAAGUAGUUUCCUUUUACUUUUAAUAGUCUUUAUCACUUGUAAUAGAAAGUUAGUUUGUUGAUAGAUUGUUAGUGACAAAUGCAAUAGCCUAUUAGUUAGUUAGAGAAGUUAGUUAGGCUUUGGCCAAUCACAUGGCAGCCAUAUGGUGGGUUCUUGUAACUAACUUGGUAGCUUGCUUAUAUAACUAUAAAUAAGCAAGGCUGCCCUCAUUGUAACUAGUUGAAUUUGAAUCCAAGAAAUCUACCUAUGAGGUAUUAUUCCAAGAGUGUGUUUCUCUUGAAGAGUUAGUUCAUUCUUUCUUUUCUCUAAGCAACUUAGCUUUCUAAAACAUCUCUCCUUUUCACCAUUUUUCCUCCAUCAUAAUUUGGCAUCAAAGCUUGAGAUCCUUAGGAUUCAAGUUGGUUUGCAAUUUGUUUCUUCAUUUUCUGUCAUCAAGAACCUAUCAAGAUCCUAUCUUGAUUUCAUUUUUCUUAUCCUCUACUAGUGAGCCUAAGAAUUUGUGAAGAUGACACCAAUAGUUUAUAAUAGAAGGAACAAGAAAGGUUCUGCAGCACAUGAGCCUGAGUAGCAGGUUCAUCCCAGGCAGCAGCCACAACCCCACCAAGAAGGAGAAUCCCAUGUGACAUUGGAGCAGACUGGAGCUGCUAAGGGGGCAGCUUGCUGCCUUGACUGAGGAGGUGAGAAGAAACUGGCGUUAUUAUCCUAGAAAUGAUGAUGAACCUGCUGAAGAUGCUGAAAUUGACAGUCACAACAACUUUAGUAACCCAAUUGGUCAGCCUAGAGGAGGUGUUCCAAGGCAAGUGCCUAGUCCUCCAAGGGGAGAACCAAAAUGGGAAUCAAACUUCAAGAUUGAGUUACCUAAGUUCUAUGGUAGCUUGAAUCAUGAAGAAUUCAUGGAUUGGUUUAACCAAGUGGAAAGAAUCUUUGAUUUCCAUGAGGUACCAGAUUCCAAGAAGGUGAAAUUGAUCUCUAUCAAGCUGAGAGGGAGAGCUUCAGCCUGAUGGGAACAGCUCCAUAUCAAACCAUUUUGGGUGUAAGGAGCAACAUGUCCAACUUAUACAAGAAAGGAGGUUGUUACACAUUGCAGCAAAAGAAGGGGAAAGCUAGUCCCAAACCAAUGGUCAAAAUGAAGAAUAUUGGAUGCAAGAGCAUUGACGCGGCUGCUUACACUUGCAGCCUUGACACAAAGCAGCAAUAGACCUUAAUCUCUAACAUGAUGCAGCAGCUUAAUACAGCAACUAAUGAGAAUGCAGAUCAGUGGAGCUACUAGAUCAUAUGCAUAUCUCCAAUAGUUUCAAUGUGCAUCACUUGCCGCAUCCUACAACUAGUCACACUUGAGGACAAGUGUGUUCCAAAGAGGGACAGUCUUGAUGCAGGUGGAGUACAAGGGGAAUUUGGAAAGCUGUACUGUUGUGCUUAAUGUGGUGUCUUUGGAGAGAACAGAAUGAUUGGUGCUUCGAGGGACAAGAAGUGUAUGUGGCAAAGCUGACAUAUCUAUUUCUGAAGUCUCUAUAUGACUGGACUCUGCCUUGUCCUUUGCCUUUUGUGGUUGACUUAGAGAGGUUUUUAGGAUUUGAAACUAGCAGAAUUUAAGGAAAAGAAAUGGGUUCGGAAGGAAGCUUAAGAGAGACAGUGGCAAGUCAAGUUGGUUUUGGUGGAUUUGACUGUCAUGUCAAAGCAAAAGACCUUUUGCAAUACUUAGAAGCUGAAAUUGGACUUGUUUAUAGGUGCAGACUAAAAACUUCUUGGACCCCUCCAGAGUCGUAUCCAAAUUUUGAAGAGAGCAUUGAAACUGCAAACAUUGAAAGCACAGAUCAUUAUGUCUCAGUGGAGCCUCAUGCAUUUGUGCAUUUUGCCUUGCCCGAGUCAGCAACUUGGGCUAUGAAUGCAGCAGGGCGUUGUGAGCUUUCUUUGAAAAAUAAUCUAUUGAAGGCUAGUUUAGGUCCUGAAAAUCCAUUCUGCUUGAAUAAGAGGAGGAGGGCUACAACUCCUAUUAAGUUGUCUGAUGUGCUUGUUGAGAUUGGGACCUUGGUUAACCGAGAUGAUUUUUUUGUUGCUUGGAGAGGACCUUCUAGAGGGGUUGAGUUUCUAGUGGAUCCUUUUGAUGGGACAUGCAAGUUUUGUUUCACAAGAGACACUGUUUUCACUUUUAAAGGCACGAGCAAGCAUGCAAUGGUAAAAUGUGAUUUCAAGGUGGAAUUCUUGGUGAGAGACAUCAAUGAGAUCAAGCGAUAUUCAGAGCCAUCAUAUCGAGUAAUCCUAUUGCAGCUGUCUUCAUCACCCCGGGUCUGGUAUAGAACAGCUGAUGAUGAUAUUGAAGAAACAGUGUCAUUUGAUUUGUUGGAUGAUGAUGAUCCUUGGAUCCGAACCACAGAUUUUACACCUAGUGGGGCAAUUGGUCGGUGUAAUUCUUAUAGGGUUUCAAUCCCACCCCGCUAUGGCAGGAAGUUGGAGAAGGCCAUGGAUUAUCUUAAAGAACGAAGGGUGCAUGACUUCUGCCUUAAAUCUCCGCUCAGGAUCCAGGAUGAACCUGAUUUUGGGUUGCCCAUGUCAGAUCCUUUGUUUUGUAUUCAGCACAUGGAAGGCAUAACCUUUGAGAUAAUGUUCUUGGUUAAUGCUGCAUUGCAUAAGGGCAUUUUCAAUCAGCACCAGCUGUCAGACAAUUUCUUUCAUUUGCUGAAAAGCCAAGCUAUGGAUGUCAAUGUUGCUGCACUAAAGCACAUAUGUUCUUACAGAAGCCCAGUGUUUGAUGCCUCCAAGAGGCUGAAAAUUGUUCAGGAUUGGUUGCUGAGGAAUCCUAAGCUUUUCAAGAGCCCUAAACAGCUGGAUGAUAUUGUUGAGGUUAGGAGGCUGGUCAUUACACCAACCAAAGCAUAUUGUCUUCCACCAGAAGUUGAGCUUUCCAAUAGGGUUCUCAGGAAAUAUAAAGAAGUUGCUGAUCGGUUUUUAAGGGUUACCUUUAUGGAUGAAGGGAUGCAGACAAUGAACUCCCAUGUUCUUUCGUAUUAUGUUGCUCCUAUUGUUAGGGAAAUCACAUCGUACUCUUUCCAGCAAAGAACCAAAAUAUUCCAAAGGGUGGGUACAUUUCUAAGGGAUGGGUUUCAUGUAUGUGGUCGGAAAUAUUCUUUUUUAGCCUUCUCAGCCAAUCAAUUGAGGGACCGUUCUGCCUGGUUUUUUGCUGAAGACAGGAACUUAAGUGUUAACAAAAUUAGAGAUUGGAUGGGGAAGUUUGACCAUAAAAACAUUGCUAAGUGUGCUGCUAGGAUGGGUCAGUGCUUCUCAUCGACAUAUGCUACAGUAGAAGUUCCAUCAACAGAAGUUAAUCCUUUCCUUCCUGAUAUAGAGAGGAAUGGGUAUUGUUUCUCUGAUGGGAUUGGUAUUAUUACUCCUGAUCUUGCGAUGGAAGUUGCAGAGAAAUUGAAAUUGGACAUGAAUCCUCCUAGUGCUUAUCAGAUUAGGUAUGCUGGUUGUAAGGGGGUUGUGGCCUGCUGGCCAGCAAAAGAUGAUGGGGCCCGACUUUCUUUGAGGCUUAGUAUGAACAAGUUCCAGUCAUGCCAUACUAUCCUUGAGAUCUGUUCUUGGACAAGGUUUCAGCCUGGUUUCCUAAACAGGCAGAUUGUGACUUUACUUUCAACUUUGAAUGUUCGAGAUGAAAUAUUCUGGACAAUGCAAGAAUCAAUGGUCUCCAGACUAAACCAAAUGCUUGUGGACACAGAUGUGGCGUUUGAUGUUCUGACAGCAUCUUGUGCAGAGCAAGGAAAUGCAGCAGCAAUAAUGUUGAGUGCAGGUUUCAAGCCUCAAAUUGAACCUCAUCUACGAGGCAUGUUAACCUGUAUACGAGCUGCACAGCUUUGGGGCCUUAGGGAAAAGGCUAGGAUUUUUGUCCCUAAAGGGAGGUGGCUGAUGGGCUGCUUAGAUGAGCUAGGGGUUCUUGAGCAGGGCCAAUGCUUUAUCCAAGUUUCUACCCCAUCAUUGGAAAACUGUUUUGCAAAGCAUGGUUCCAGGUUUACCAAGAGAGGGAAUAAUCUUCAAGUAAUUAAAGGGUAUGUGGCCAUAGCGAAGAAUCCUUGUCUUCACCCAGGAGAUGUAAGGAUUCUAGAAGCAGUUGAUGCCCCUGGUUUACACCAUCUACAUGAUUGCUUUGUUUUCCCUCAAAAUGGUGAAAGGCCACAUCCCAACGAAGCAUCUGGAAGUGACCUUGAUGGGGACCUUUACUUUGUGACUUGGGAUGAAAAUCUUAUUCCCCCUAGUAAGAAGAGCUGGCCGCCCAUGGAGUAUGCUCCUGCAGAAGCCAAACUUUUGUCACGCAAAGUCACUUCUAAGGAUAUAAUAGAUUUUUUUGCAAGAAACAUGGUGAAUGAGAGCCUUGGGACAAUCUGCAAUGCACAUGUGGUUCAUGCUGACCGCAGUGAGUAUGGGGCUUUGGAUGAGGACUGCAUCACACUAGCAGACUUAGCAGCUAAAGCUGUUGAUUUUCCCAAGACUGGGGUGCUUGUCACGAUGCCUUCACAUCUGAAACCGAAACUGUACCCUGAUUUUAUGGGGAAGGAUGAUAAUCAAUCCUACAAGUCCACCAAAAUCUUGGGAAGACUUUAUCGGCAAGUAAAGGAUGCUUAUGAUGAAGAUAUUGAUGCGCCUUCAGAGCUAAAUUUUGUCCCUGAUGAUGUCCCUUAUGAUUCAGAUCUUAAGGUUUCAGGAUCUGACGAUUUCAUCAUGGAUGCGUGGCAUCAAAAGUGCUCUUAUAAUGGGCAGCUGAUUGGUCUAUUAGGACAGUAUAAAGUGAAGAGGGAAGAAGAGAUUGUAACUGGGCACAUCUGGUCCAUGCCCAAUUACAACAGCAGGAAGCAAGGGGAGCUCAAGGAGAAGCUCAAGCAUAGUUAUAGUUCUCUGAAGAAAGAAUUCAGGCAAAUUUUUGAACACAUUGACUCUGACUUUGAGCAACUCCCUGAUGAUGAGAAGAAUUUAGUCUACGAGCAGAAGGCCUCAGCAUGGUACCAGGUCACUUAUGAUCCAUACUGGGUGAAUAAAUCACUGGAUUUGCAAAAAUCAGUGGAUUUGCUAGAAUCAGAUGGUCCAAGGGAUGUAGUGAUGCUGAGCUUUGCCUGGAUUGCAGCUGAUUAUCUUGCUCGGAUCAAGAUUAGAAGUGGUGGAUCUGACAAUGUGGACUCUGCUAAGCCCAUUAACUCUCUGAAGAGGUACCUCAUCGAUCGAAUAUGACCAGCACUUGAAGCUUUGAGAGCUCUCUUAUUGUGCUGCUCAUACAUUAUUGCUGCAAGGCCACUCUACCAAUCUAAAGAUAAGUCGUACGUAUCUGUUGUUAAGGUGUUUACCCUCCUUUGGGCCCUGGAUGACAUUUCCUUUUGAAUUGUUACUUGCUGCUCCAACAUGUUUCUUGCUUGUAAUCAAGCUCUUAGAAAUUUCUGUGUAUUUUGACCUUAUAAGAUCUUACUGGUAAUGCAAAUCAUAUUCUUUAUUGUGGCAUA